GCGAAAGCUCUGGGGAAGAGUAACUGUCAAGCACAGUUUCGAUCAAGUGUCUCCAAGACGUGCGACGGAAUGUUGUGAAGGCGCUUAAACUAGGAAAUGUUGAACCCAUUAAUUGAUUUUAAGGAUGUUUUACCUUUGAAGUAUCCUCGGCUAUGGAUUUUUUCAAGCUUUGGUUCGUGUAGUGACCCAGACGUCUUGUUUUAUUUCGCGGUUCCGGUAAGACUAUGAGUUACUAUCCAUGGACGGAAGUCUUGCAAGGGCUUUAUACACUUUUCAGUCUGACAAUCCCAAUGAACUCUCUGUUUCGGAGGGAAGCAUCAUAAAGAUUACACAGUAUAUUGACAAGCAUUGGUUGGAAGCCAGUUAUCAAGGAAAAACAGGCCUGUUUCCUGUUACCUAUGCUGAGAGGAUAAAAAAUGAACCACAGUUUCAAAAGGAUUCCCAUAUCAUGCCUUCUCAUUAUGAGGGAUUGCAUAAAAACUUACUGUCCAAUUGGCAGCCUGGUGAAAGCUGUGAAUUGUCUAGAAAUGAUAAUUCCUUAGCCCAACACAGUCCUAGUAAUGAUGCAUAUUUUGUGGAGACUGCCUUUGCUUUUUCUGGUAGAAAUGACAGUGAGCUUACAUUUCCUUCUGGAGCACUGAUAGAGGUAAUGAAAGAUGUCGAUGAAGACUGGCUGGAAGGGUCAUUCAAUGGCAGGACAGGGCUAUUUCCCAAGAGUUAUCUGAAGUCUUCUGAGAGACCAUGUGCCCGUGCUGUAUACCCCUUUGUUGGAGAAAGUGCGGGAGAGUUGACUUUUCGUGAGGGUGACUGUAUCUUUCUCCGGAGGCGUUUGAAUUCGCAAUGGAUGGAAGGAGAAAUUAAUGGCACUGUGGGGCUUUUCCCGUCUAGCUUUGUUGCUGUUGAGGUUGAAUUGCCAUCAGAACAAAAUGCAUUUGCAAAUGGAGAUUUUAGUUUUGUGGACUCUCCUCCUAAACAUGGAGCCCAGAAUAGCUGUGUUGCACCAAAAGUAAAAUGGAAAAGAGGUAUGAAGGGGAAGGCACUGUUUCAUUUUACGGCAUUAUAUUCAGGAGAUCUGGAGUUGAAUGCAGGAGAUGUUGUAACUGUCCUUGAAGUUGAUGAUGAUAACUGGAUCGAGGGUCGGUUAGCUAGUGGAAUACGUGGGUCAUGCCCUGCGGCAUAUCUGGAACCUCUAUUUGAUAUGAGCCAACAAUUUGAAAGUAGACCACUGAAGUCUAGUGCUCAACGACUUGCAUUAGAUGGAAGUUUUUCUGGUAUUUUUGACGACCCUGGCUACAUAAACAUAUCACAAAUGCGUAGCUCUGCUCAGCAGACUAGUGACUUUGUUGACUCUUACUCAGUGAAAGGUGAUACCAACAAAUCUCUUUUAGACUCUUCAUUCACACAGGAUCCAACACCUGCAAUUAUUGCACUGCCAUCUGACAUGGCCACAACUCAAAAAAACACUCCAGGAACUAAACCGUUGCUUACACCAAAGCCAGGACCAACAAGUAAAAAGCAGUCACCAAGUUAUUCAGUGAGAUACCUAGGGGGUGAGGAACACUCUGCACCCAAAAGUUCCCAAACCGCUCUUAGUCCUUCGAUUUCCGUCCAAUCACUACCUUGUGGAAGUGCCUCUAGUUCAAAUACUCUAGUUUCUGUACAAUCUGAGACACCAAGUAAACGCUUUCAACAGCCGCGAUAUUUUAAGGACUCCACUGGAACUUGGCCAGGUAAAAGAGCAGGGAUCCAUGGACAUGUAAAUGAUGAAAAUAAAAACAAAAGGAACCUUAUUGAUGACGAUGAUUUGUUAUCGGGCAACUGCACGUCUCUGCCGACUCCAUUGGUUCCACUUCCUCAAGCAAGGAUAGAUGAUAGAAGUAGUGAAUCAAGUGCAUCAGAAGAUUCUCCAAUCACACCCAGGCGACCAGCACCCCCACCCCCUAAACGGGACAGCAGCAGCAAGAAUCAGCAUGUCCGCAGCCAAACUCUUCCUGGAACGAGAUCAAAGGAUCUUGUACAAGGUGACUUUAGUAGGGAGGUACAUGUUUCAAUAUCAAAAGCAAAGGAUCACCAACAGUUGGACGUGAAAGACGUGAAACAGAAUGGGGCGCCACAUUCUCUGCGCCCAAUAGACAGUAAAAUGGAUUCUUCUCAGUCUCCUAAGUGGUCACCUAAGACAAGGGCUGGCGAUCAUGAUGGCCCAAAAUCAAAACCUCUUUCUAGACCACGUUCUGUGCAUUGGAAAGACAAGGAUUCUCUUAAUGCAGUGGACAAGAGUCCAUUGGAGCUGAGACGUUCAAACAGUCUAGAGCAGAUAAGCGAGAUUAAGUCCAGCCAUAUUGCAAGUGCUACUGGCAGUGACAAACUAAGUAAUGUACAAGUGCAAUCAGUGACCAAAGGGAAUUCAGCAGAGGGAACUGAUGCACCAGGCCUGGCAACACUACAAGAAAGGAUUGCUGAGGCAGAAGACAACCUAAAGAAAGAAAUGAAAGUUCACUCUGGAUUCAAGACUAUUUCUCAGCUUGUGAUGACUGAUCCUGUUAAACAACGAGAAAUGGAAGCAAAGGUGUCACAGAGCCAGCAGAAGAUAACAGAAUGGCAAGAAGAAUUAAAGCACCUCAAAGAUGAACAAGUCUUUCUGAUAGAGUCACAUCGGAAAAAGAUGCUGAAGGUUAAAAUAGCUGACUUGGAAGCAGACUUAGAGAAACAAGUGCGGAGCCAAAGAAGUCUUGAAAUGUUGCUUGGUGUAGUGGAGGAGAACAGAAAGAAAGAGGUUAUGGAAAACCUUGGAGUGUGUGCACAACUUGUGGAGAAGAUCAAGAGAGAGCUGACAGAGCUAGAGGUUUCCCUGCACAGUUUAACAGAAAAACCAGCAGAAUCAAGCCAAAAGCACAUGGCUGAGCAAAGACAGCGAGUCGUGACUGAACUUAUUAACACAGAGAAGGAUUACUGUAGUGACCUUGAGCUCUGUGUAAAGUACUUCCUGUUUGAACUCCAGGCUUCACAGGUCAAAGAUCUCGAUUUUGAAGGGUUAUUUGGUAACAUUGAGAGUGUAUUAGAAACAUCACAGAAGCUGCUGAAGAACUUAGAAAAUGCUGUUCAAGAUAAGGAAGGAAAAGAUCAGGAACUUGGAAAGUGUUUUGUGGACAUAGCUGAAGAAAUGAAAGAGGUGUAUGCUGUGUAUUGUAGAAACCAUGAUGAUGCCAUCUCACUCAUGGAAAAGUAUGAAGAAGUACCGGAGAUACAAGACGCCUUCACAAAAUGUUUGGACAAAAUUAGAGAACACACCCGGUGUUGGGACUUAUCAUCAUUUCUUAUCAAACCAGUUCAGAGAGUUCUUAAAUACCCGCUCUUGUUGAAUGAGCUGCUCAAGUAUACACCAGAAAUCCACCGAGACAAGUACAACUUGUUGAGAGCGAUAUCAGUCAUGGCUGAUGUGGCAAAUGCUAUCAACGAGUUUAAAAGAAGAAAAGAUCUCGUCGUGAAGUACAAGAAAGUGGAAGACAGUGGGUUGACCAACAAAAUACAGAAGCUGAGCUGGCAUUCAGUGGUGAAAAAAGGCUCCAGGUUUAACCAGAGGCUGACGCAACUCACAGGGCUUGUGUCACAGACUGUUGACGAAAAAUUCAUUGAAGAAGAGAAAAAGUUUCGUGCUGUAGAGAAAACUGUGAAAACCCUACUAAAGAAUGUCUCCACUUAUUUGGAAGAAUUUCAGGAGACGAUGGAAUGUCACAGGUCCUCAGGACAGAACGUCAGUGAUUUCUACCAAGAGGCUGCCACGUGCUCAGAAGUGUCUACUUAUCACAAAAUACAGAAGAGGAUUGGAGAAACCAUUCGUUCUAUUUUUAUGGACUGGGUUCAGAUGCAAGUUUUGUCUCCGCUUAACUCCUUGCUGAACUUGUUUCAAGGCCCUCAACGUUUGAUUCAGAAGCGAAAUGACAAGUGCUUAGACUAUGAUCGAUGGUCCAACAAGAUUGACAAGAUUAAAGACAGGGACAAGUUAAAAGCGGCCAAAGAAGAUCUUGAACUUGCCAAGAAAAACUACGAAGCUCUGAACACACAGCUGCUUGAAGAACUUCCUGGAUUUACUGAGAAGUGCAUGGCGUUGGUGGUGGACUGUUUGGAAAACUUCGCCGUAGCGCAGAACAGACUGUACUUUGAAAUACAACAAGACUAUGGGCAGCUGCUACAGUUACCAAUUGUCCAGGCAGUUGACGAGGACAUAGCUGAACAUCACAACAAAAGAUCAAUGCAAGUCGUUGAACAGUUUUCAGAUCUGAGCUUUAUUCCGUGUAGUUUUGUGGCUAAAGACAGUUCGCGCAAGAAAAGGCGAUCAUUUAAAAGCCCAUCUCAGCCAUCACAUGACCUUGAUGCAGUAGAAGAUGAUACCGAGACCAAAAGCAGCUUGUUAGAUUCCAAAGACGGUGACCAGGGUGGGGAGGGUGGGGUGGCCACGAGAAGUCAAGCCUCACCACCUUCCCAGUCGAUUCUUCAGCCGCGUCCAGCUCCGCGGAGACUGAGCAGCACAACACGGAUCGAGCCUAAGGAUUUAGACAGCUCACAGCCUGUAGAUGUAACGCCAGGAGAAGGCAAACCUUAUGUGGUCGAGUUCAGCUUUGAAGCUCAAAAUGCGGGCGAGUUGUCGGUGUCCGAGGGGGAUCUUGUGUCUGUCCUGCGACACUCGGAUAGCAGUGGGAACCCGGAAUGGUGGCUGGUUCACUAUAAUGAUGCCACUGGGUAUGUCCCCCAGAGUUACUUGUCCCCGGCGGGUGAAAAUGAUAGUGACGAAGAAGGUGAAGGUGAUGUUAUAGACAAUCAAGAUGGCGACGAUAACAGUGGUACUGUGCAGGACACAGACAGAAAUGCAGACGACGUUCAAGAGGCUAGCGGUCCAUCCUCGCAACACGCAGCUAUUGCUAAGUUGUACUAUUGUGCUGACUAUGCGUUUGAGGCUAGCAGUGCGGCGGAGUUGAGUCUGGAUGAAGGACAGCUAGUAGUGGUGAUACAGAAACAGGACUUGACUGGAAAUGACGAAUGGUGGCUUGUUGAAUGUAAUGGUCACAAAGGAUAUGUUCCGUCUAGUUAUUUGACACCAGUAGAAGAUUGAACACGCUGUUAACCAGCUAUAAAUCAAGACAUAAUCACCGAAAAAGAAACAAAAAAAGUCGCGAUUCUGGAUGGCGUUGCUGUGAUUAUGAAGCAUCAAAAUGUACUCUGACCUGCAUUUUACAUUUCCGGACAUAAUUGUCUAAAAUCUCCUCUUUAAUUAAGUUGACAUGUAUCUUUCUAGUUUUCAUCAGUGAAACUUACUGUCGUACCAUCACUUUUCCUCGAAUAUGAUCAUUCGCUUAUUCUAAUAAGUCUCUUGCUUAAAUUUGAUGCCUUUUUCUUCCUGAUUACACUCCAACAAGGUAGGAAAUCUUGCUUUCAGAUUGUUAACCACGCGUAAACGUGGGAAAAUUCGCGGAAACUAAAUUUCAUGUAGUACCCGAUAUGCUGAAAGCUAUCUCCUUGUUUCUUUCGGAAGCCAUCUCAUAACCGCUGUUAGCUUAGUGACACAAUGAUACGCGCCCUCUUCGUACCCAAAUUUGCAAUUAGCCAAUCAGAAGCCGUGUCUGUGGUCUUGAUAUCCUGCGAUAUCAAGUCACUGACCUGAUA